AUGCGCAACCUCAGAAAUGUGCGCCUCACUGAGACGCAGAUCGAGGGCGAGCUCCCUUUGACUGCCACGACAUGGGAUACUUCGUCAGACUCGGUCGUGUGUACCUUUGGUCCCGCUGAGAACAAUCCAAUCAUAGAAGUGCGGCGCAAGCGCCCCGAGGUCAUCUCGACAGAUCCCCUCUCUCCCGAAGCACUGGAAUGCAUUGCAUCUUGGGAUGCUCCGUGUCCUCUGCCAGAUCUGGCAUGUGACCGUGUACUCUCUCUGCACUUCUUUGCGGACAGUCUGACAACUUGUCUUGUGCUGGAGGGAGGAGAUAUCGUUGUUGUCCGCGAAGAACCCCUUCCCGACGAGGACAAAAUUGAAAUCGUUGGCUCGGUUGAUGUGGGAAUUACAGCCGCAGCAUGGUCACCAGAUGAGGAGAUGCUGGUUCUCACUACCAGAGCUCAGACAUUCUUAUACAUGACCAGAGAUUUCGAGAACGUGGCCGAUAUCACCCUCACUUCUAAGGACAUGCAAAGCUCACAGCAUGUGUCAGUAGGAUGGGGUAAGAAAGAGACUCAGUUCCAAGGAAAGCGAGCCAAGGCUCUUCGGGAUCCGACUGUGCCAGAGAAAAUCGACCAAGGUAUCCUGAGUAGCAACGACGAUCGCAGCACUACCAUCAGCUGGCGCGGAGAUGGCGCUUUUGUUGCAGUCAAUAGUAUCGAAGCAGAUGCCCGCCGCGUCAUCAGAGUCUACUCCAGAGAGGGUACUCUAGACAGUGUCAGUGAGCCUGUCGAUGGGUUGGAAAGCGCCUUGAGCUGGCGUCCCUCUGGAAGUCUCAUCGCAGGAAUCCAAAGACUCGAGGACCGAGUCGAUGUGGUAUUCUUUGAGCGGAAUGGACUUCGACAUGGCGAGUUCUCCCUUCGCCUAACUGAGGCGGAGAUGAAUUCUUGGGCUUCCAGCAUCCAACUUGCCUGGAAUGUCGAUUCGACUGUACUUGCCGUCAAGUUCCAAGAUCGUGUGCAGCUCUGGACUACGGGUAACUACCAUUGGUACUUGAAGCAAGAUAUUCCGAUCUCAAUUGAUUCAAAUUACCCGCUCCCCUACUCCUUCCAAUGGCACCAAGAGAAGGCAUUGCGAUUUGUCGCUGGUUCAUCAGGUUCGAUAAUGGAUGCGGACUAUGUGUUCGACAUCACCCACGGAUCCACAUCCAUCCCGGACGAUGUCGGUGCUACUGCAGUCAUCGAUGGAAAGAACCUCAAAUUGACCCCACUGCGUCUCGCUGGUGUGCCACCUCCCAUGGCGCACAAUGAGUUGGCUUUAGAGUCCAACGCCAUUGAUGUGGCAUUCAGCAAAUCGGGAAGCCGAAUUGCCGUACUCAUGAGUAACAGAGUCUCGAUUUAUCUCUGGUCGUUGAAGAGUCGACCAGUUCCAAUUCCGAUCCUCGAGUCAAGCUACCCCUUGUCAGAUACCACAGCUACUCGCCCACGACAGAUUGCCUUCUUAGGUGACAAUGAGGUUUAUGUGCUCAAGGACGAUGGACCGAGCUCUAGCCAUAUUGAGCGGACUCACUUAGAAACUCGAGUCACCGAGUCGGUGUAUCAAACCGCAGACUCCGAGCAACUGGCUUCAAUCUUCGCUGGAAUUGGACACCAGGCUCUUUGGCUGUCACACACCCAUCAACCAGCCCGGCCUGCAAACUACUCAAGUCUCGAGGCAUCACCAGAGGGCGUUGAUAUCGUCCCCUGGGUGGAGAGUCCCAAUGUCGAUAGUCAUUGGGCUCGUGCUGUCUCUAUCUCUGAUGAAGAGCGCAUCCUCAUUACAAUGACGAGGACUGGUGGCUUAUACGCAAACAAGAGAGUCCUCGCGCGGAACUGCACAUCUUUCCUCGUGACUCCGUCUCACCUCUUGUUCACCACUUCCCAGCACCUACUGAAGUUUGUUCAUUUGAACCAUGUUAAUGAGAUGGAAGUUCCUGAUGACACCCCUGAGACCGAUGAACGUUGCAGAAGUAUCGAACGUGGCUCCAAGUUGGUUUCCGUGAUGCCCUCCGUCUUUGCGGUCGUGCUCCAGGCCCCUCGAGGAAACAUUGAGACCAUCUACCCCCGCGCUUUGGUGUUGGCUGGAAUCCGCACAUUCAUCGACCAGAAGAAAUACCGAUCUGCAUUCCUUGCUUGCCGGAGUCAGAUGGUUGAUCUCAAUAUUCUGCAUGAUUAUGCCCCCGAACAGUUCAUGGAGAACAUCUCCUUAUUUGUUGACCAAGUGAAAAAGAUUGAUUAUAUUGACGACUUUAUUUCACGGCUGUCCGAGGACGAUGUAUCACAAACAUUAUACAAAGACACUCUCAAAAUCUCUCAAACUGUCUCUGCGGCAGUCGCACAGCCAGAUGCUCCAGCCGCUCCCCCUGUGAUCAAGCAAGGCAAGAAGGACAGCAAGAUCAACAAGAUCUGUGAUGCCUUCUUGACAGCUCUUCAAUCACGCGUUGACACUAACCUGCAGAAUCUGAUCACGGCGCAUGUAUGCAAGUCCCCUCCAGACAUGGAGGCUGGACUUGCACUCGCAGCAGGAUUGAGAACACAAAACCCUGAGCAAGCUGAAGAUGCCAUUGAACAUAUGUGUUUCUUGACUGAUGCCCACCGCCUCUACUCUCACGCACUGGGUGUGUAUGACCUGGAGUUAACCCUGAUGGUUGCGCAGCAGGCCCAGAUGGACCCUCGCGAGUAUCUGCCAUUCUUGCGAAAAUUGCAACAGCUGCCUGAACUUCGACGCCAGUUUGAAAUUGACAACCAUCUCACUCGCUUCACCAAGGCUUUGAACCAUCUAUAUGCUCUCAAUGCCCACGAGGAGAUCAGGGCAUACAUCGUCAAGCAUGUCUUGUACACGGAAGCUCUGGAGCUUUACAAGUAUCAAAGCGAGCAACAACGAGAAGUCACCGAGCUAUAUGCAGACUAUCUCCAAGGUCAAUCUAAAUACAAGGACGCUGCCAUUGCAUACGAGUCUCUUGAGCAAUACGACAGUGCCUACAAGUGCUAUAACCUAGCGCACAAAUGGCGCGAGUCGUUGUACUGUGCCAUGCUGGCGUCUCUCCCAGAGGAGGAGCUGGCUGACCACAUUGAGGCUCUCAUCAACACCCUUGUUGAUGAGAACAAGGACUACGUCUCAGCGGCGACGAUCUACGCUGAUCACUUGAAAGACUAUAUCACGGCCGCACGACUUCUCUGUCGGGGAUCCAAGUUCGCUGAUGCCGCUCGCCUUCUCACCCUUCACGGCAAGAAGGACAUGGUCGCCGAAAUCGUCGAUUCAGGUCUCGCGGAAGCAAUGGGCAACAUGACCGAUUUACUUGCCGAUUGCAGAUCUCAGCUCAAUGCCCAAGUUCCCCGAUUGCGUGAGCUCCGUCGGCUUCGCGCAGCAGACCCUCUCGCCUUCUUCGGUGGAGAUCCUACUGGCGGUGAAGGCGGCGUCGACAUCCCCGAUAACGUCUCACUAGCCCCCACAAAUGCCUCGACUCUUGCUGGCCGUUCCAUGUUCACUCGAUACACGGGCAACACCGGUAAGACCGGCAAGACAGGAAUGUCUCGGCAGACAUCCAAGACCCGCCGUCGCGAGGAGCGCAAACGCGCUAGCGGUAAAAAGGGCACUGUUUAUGAAGAGGAGUACCUGGUCAACAGUGUCCGACGACUCAUUGAGCGGGUCAACUCGAGCAUAUCAGAGACCGAGACUCUUGUUGAUGCUUUGUUGCGUCGUGGCAUGCGCGAGCGUGCUGCCGCCGUUGAAAGGGCGCUGCAAGAAGUCCUGACUAUGUGUGCCGAUAGCCGGGACGAGGUAUUUGAAAUCCCUCCCCCUAAGGCGAAGACCAGUGAAGAGGAGGAAGAUGAGAAUGCCGAUGCUGGCCCAUCUACCACUGCAGGAGCAAAUGUUUUGGCAGAAAGCCUUGCUAUCGUUGAGGGUGGGGGUGCUGCUCGCGUCAAAGAGAUCCCUGCUGUCAAAGAGAUGAGAAAGUCUUCUUUGCUUGCCUGA